AUUAUUAUUAAGUAAAAUUAAUAUACAGCUACACUGCUUUAAGCAGCUGAUUCUUGAUACAAUAUUCUUUAAACAAUUAAAAGUAGUGUAACUUUGGCGAACAGUGAAUUUAAGAAAAUUGCUUUUAUAUGUACUCUUAAGUUAAAAAGAAAGUAGUCAUCGUGAACUGAAAAUAAAGAAAAUAUCUUAAAAGAAAUUGCAGUAAACAGAAAGACACAUUAUGUUUAAUGUUCUUCAACGAUUAUUAGGAGGUGACACUCCACCGAAUAAAGUGCUUGAAAUUAAAGGCGAAUCGCUAGGAAGUUUAUUAGUAAUAGGGCGAGAUGAAGGCAUGGUCCUUUAUUCACCACCCUUCAAUUCAACAGACAAAAAGGCAUGCUACGAAAUUGUUCUCCAACGCCAUGUUAAUGACCCCAUUAACACUUGCUUCAGCUUAUUUCGUUCGCCUCUUCAGCAAGAAGCAGAAGACCGAUUCAAUGCUUUUGUACAUCGACUACCUGUAUUUGUUUCUAUCGUCAAAGAGUUCUUCAAUGUUAACGGUAUACAAAGAGUAUGUGACGCCUUAGCAGAAAAUCCGUCCUGGUCAUUAGCCCACUUAGUGGCCUAUUUUAAUCUUGUGGACUACGUUAGCAAUCCCAAAGUCCUAGAAUUCAUCGAUUACUCUGACCAUGUACACCUGAUGUCACCAUUUCAGCUUGCAAUCAAAACCGGCAAUAUUGAAAUGGUUAAGACAUUGAUGCCACUUUGUAAAAUGGAACAUUUGGAUAGCAACAGCAAUUCUAUUUUCCAUUAUGCCGCUAGCACAACAAAAGAAAUUAUAAAUUUGCUAACCUCAAGAAGCACUGAACAUCUCAAUCACAUCAAUUCCGAUGGUUAUCCGCCGUUACAUUUAGCGUGUUUAUCGGACAAACCAGAGUGCGUUAAGGCUUUAUUAUUAGCUGGGGCAGAUGUUAAUUUAAAUGCCAAAAAUAUGAGUAAAAUAUACAAAUCUAGUACACCGACUUCAGUUGCUGAAUUUCUUAAAACGAAUGCCAAUAAGCUAUACACGCAGGAUAUGAAGUAUGGUGGUACUCCACUGCAUUGGUGUUCAUCUCGUGAAACAUUACAUGCUCUCAUCAUGCAGGGAUGCGAUGUCAAUGCUACUAAUUUCGAUGGGCGCACAGCUCUUCAUGUUAUGAUUGCUCGAAACCGAUUUGAAUGUGUUGUUACGCUUCUGGCUCAUGAUGCUGAUAUUGAUGUAUUUGAUAAGGAUGGGAACACAGCUUUACAUAUAGCCAUCGAAAAGAAAUUGGUACCUAUUGUUCAAUGUCUUGUUGUCUUUGGUUGCGAUAUAAAUAUGAAAAAUAAAGAUGGGAAAACACCAAGACAUAUGGUCGGUACUGAUUCAAAUGGCGGCAAAGACAGUGAAAUUCUUUAUAUUUUGCACUCAGUUGGUGCCAAGAGGUGCCCCGUGUCGAGCACGAAGUGCCCGGCAGGAUGCAACUCGAAAGGAUCUUACAAUGGGAUACCACCAGAGUCUCCCGAGCCAGUCGAGCAACGGGAGCAUAUUGAGAAUAUGCUAGCUGCAACUAGUCGUCAAGCAAUGGAUAGCUUUUUGGGUACAUCGUUUAAUGGUAGCGCGGUUACACCGGAACCUACUGUUAUCGUUGAUACCGAGAAAGAACAAAAAGGUCAAAGUAUUAUGGAUGCCCUAUUGGGGAUGUUUACCACGAAAGUCAAUACCGACAGUAAAAAAGUAUCGCCCACCAAUAGUUUAGAAGGCGAUGGUUGUGGGGAUGCUACUGGAGCCAAUACUCCAACAACACCAGGGUCUUCUAGUGGCUCUAGCAAUAUAGGUGAAAAGCCAUACGGUCGCGGUCGCUUAUUAUGCCUAGAUGGUGGCGGCAUUCGUGGUCUGGUGCUCGUGCAAAUGUUAUUGGAAAUCGAAAAACUUUCUCAGACCCCAAUUGUACAUAUGUUUGAUUGGAUUGCAGGCACAAGCACUGGCGGUAUUUUAUCACUUGCUCUUGGUUGUGGUAAAACAAUGCGCCAAUGCUUGGGUGUAUACUUGAGAUUGAAAGAACAAUGUUUCGUUGGUUCACGUCCCUAUCCAAGUGAAUUGUUCGAAAAAAUAUUAAAAGACAUGUUGGGCGAGUACACCGUUAUGACAGAUAUCAAACACCCAAAAAUAAUGAUAACCGGUGUAAUGGCUGAUCGUAAACCAGUGGACUUGCAUCUUUUUAGAAAUUACCACAGCGCUAGCGAUAUUCUAGGAAUUGUUACACCUAUUAACAAUCGGCGUGUGCCUCCACCACCGCCAGAAGAACAACUAGUUUGGCGCGCAGCUCGAGCCACAGGAGCAGCACCAUCAUAUUUCCGUGCUUUUGGGCAUUUCCUUGACGGCGGCUUAAUCGCAAAUAAUCCAACAUUAGACGCUAUGACUGAAAUACAUGAGUACAAUAUGGCAUUACGCAGUGUGGGUCGUGAAAAAGAGGCUGUCCCGGUUUCAAUCGUUGUUUCUUUAGGCACCGGUUUGAUACCAGUAACAGCGCUUAAGGAUAUUGAUUUGUUUCGCCCUGAAAGCAUAUGGGAUACCGCUAAAUUAGCUUACGGGUUCUCAACAAUUGGUAACUUGCUUGUGGAUCAAGCGACAGCUUCUGAUGGACGCGUUGUCGAUCGCGCACGCGCCUGGUGCAGCACUAUCGGUGUUCCGUAUUUCAGAUUCAACCCACAACUCUAUGAAGACAUUGCCAUGGAUGAAAAAGAUGAUCAGAAAUUAAUAAAUAUGUUAUGGCAUUCAAAAGCUUAUAUGCACAACAAUCGCAACAAAAUAAUAGAAAUGAUCAAUUUUUUGAAAUAGCAUAUAAGGAAGUUUUAGCCAAAUAUUUCGUUUCAAAUAUAAUAAUAUAAUAGUGAAAAUUAAUAUGUGUUUAUAAGAAGUAAUUACUAUGUUACAAGUUAAUCUAAUCUAAUAUAAAGAAUUGGCAUGAGGCUUAACUCGUUAUGAAACUUGUAUAUAUCCAUCACUUGCAUUCAAAUUAAAGCAUCAACUGAUUUUCCAAUAUUUUCAUAAAAGAACAAAUUUACUUGUGUAUAGUUGAAAUAGAAACUAUAAUAAAGCUUCUAUCAAAUAUUA